UUUGACGCUUCUUUCUUUCUCUUUUGUAAACAGUUGGUGAUCAUAAACAACCGCGGUUCCGUUAAUAAAAAAGUUUAAUAUAUCUUAUUUCAACUAUACAUCAUCUUUUGAUAUGGCGCUGGCUUUACAGAAACGAAACAACGUGCGACUGCCCCCGGAAGUCAACCGAGUUUUGUAUGUUCGUAAUCUUCCCUACAAGAUUACCUCCGAUGAAAUGUAUGAUAUUUUUGGUAAAUAUGGUGCUAUCCGGCAGAUCCGAGUAGGUAACACUCCGGAAACGCGUGGAACAGCCUUUGUAGUGUAUGAGGAUAUAUUUGAUGCCAAGAACGCAUGCGACCACCUGUCCGGAUUCAAUGUAUGUAAUCGGUAUCUGGUGGUACUCUAUUACCAAUCAACGAAAGCUUUCAAGAGGUUAGACGUAGACAAAAAACAGGAAGAGCUGGAUCAGAUGAAGGCGAAGUACAAUAUUAAUUUCGACGAGUAAUAUGUAAUUUAAUACGCUGCUAAUAAAACUUGGCAAUAAUGGAAAAUUAUA